CAACGGGUGAGCGUAAACGUCCCUCCUGAGCGGCAGAAUUUCAACAAGUGGGGAACCAACACACCAGCCGAGAUGGAUAAGUUCCGUAUGAUGUUCCAGUUCCUCCAGUCCAACCAGGAAUCUUUCAUGAACGGGAUCUGUGGCAUCAUGGCGCUGGCCAGUGCUCAGAUGUAUUCCGCCUUUGAGUUCAGCUGUCCCUGCAUGCCUGAGUACAACUACAACUAUGGGAUUGGGCUGCUGAUCGUGCCGCCCAUAUGGUUCUUCCUGUUGGGUUUUGUGUUGAACAAUAACGUGUCGGUGCUGGCUGAAGAAUGGAAGCGACCCACGGGGAGGCGGCGGAAGGAUCCCACCAUCCUGCGCUACAUGUUCUGUUCCAUCACUCAGAGGUCUUUGAUCGCCCCGGCGGUCUGGGUGUCCGUCACGCUCAUGGAUGGGAAGAGCUUCCUCUGUGCCUUUAGCAUCGACUUGGAUAUUGAAAGGUUUACCGAUGGCAAUUUCACAAAGGGGAUGUCAGAGGUUGAGAAGAUGAAAAUGUUAGCCAGGAUUCCAUGCAAAGAUCUGUUCCAUCACCAGGAAGUCAGAGUGGCGGCGUCACGGUAUAUCAAGUGUAUUUCACAGGCCUGCGGCUGGCUGUUUUUGCUCAUGAUGACCUUUGCAGCUUUCCUGAUCCGGGCGAUUCGACCCUGCUUCACCCAGGCCGCCUUCCUCAAAACCAAAUACUGGUCCCACUACAUUGACAUCGAGCGCAAAAUGUUCGACGAGACGUGCAAGGAGCACGCCAAGAGCUUCGCCAAGGUCUGCAUCCACCAGUACUUCGAGGGCAUCAGCGGGGAAAUGCGAAACUUCCACGAGAAUCACUCGAAGAAGUAUGACACCAACGAGGAAGACGAAGACAAGAAGAUGAGCGAUGAGGAAAAGCUCAUGGGCAUCAGAGCACAGGACGACAUGAACAAAGCGCUGUGGAACUGGCACACCUGUAAGCCGGCGCUGGCCCUGAGAAAGGAGCAGAUGAAUGGAGAACACAAUGGCCUGCUGAAUGGAGAAACUAAUGGCUGUGCAAAUGGUCACACCCACGACGUGCAGAGGAAGGAGUGGGCCGUCUACUAUAGCAAAGUCUGACAUCAGAGUUUCUCAUUUGUGACCUUCCAUCUCACUCAGGGUUUUAUUUCCCAGAGUUCAAAUGGUGUGUCUGUGUAAGCAAAUGUAGCUUGAUGGAGCUGCUGACCUUGCAAAUCCGCUAGAUGGCGCGCUUUCUCGUCUCUCAAUUCAUUUUCAACCAACGCCUGAAUAAAAUAUACCGGA